AUGGCCGCAUCAGACAAAGUUCACGUAAUAGAGAAGCUCAUCACAGAUGACCCUGGAAUUCCUCGCCAAAAUCCCACUGCAUCUUAUUGGCAACACAUUCCUCAUCCCCUCGCAGAGACGCAGUCCCCAGAUAUGCCGGCGGAGGCGGAUAUCGCCGUCAUCGGCUCCGGCAUUACUGGCGCGAGUGUGACCAAGACAUUGCUCGACGCCGACCCGUCUCUCCGGGUCGUCGUCUUUGAGGCGCGCACGCUCUGCUCCGGCGCCACGGGCCGCAAUGGAGGCCAGCUGGCGACCAAUGCGGGCGAGGCCUACGCCGAAAGAAAGGCCAAGUUUGGCAGCGAACAGGCGGGCAAGAUUGCCAACUUUACGUUCCGCACGUGUGAUCGGGUGCGCCAGGUGGUCCAGGAAUAUGCCGCCGAGGAGAGCGAGUAUCGCGACGUGGUCAAGGUGCGGGCAUAUCUCGAUGACGAGUCGUUUGCGGCCUUGAAGGAUAGCGUCGAGCAGAUGGAAAGAGAUCACCCUAGUCUACGGGGCAUCUAUGAAGUGAUUGACGCCGACGCUGUGGAAAAGCAACACGGAGUGCAUGGUGCCAAGGGCGGUGUUACGCUCACGGCUGGAGUAUUAUGGCCCUAUCGAGUAGUUACGAGUGUCUUUGCUGGCUUGCUCUCAAAAUACUCCCGCCAGCUGUCCAUUGAGACCAAGACGCCCGUCACAUCAGUCACGCACGACGGCGACGCCUAUUUACUGCACACCCCGCGAGGCACCACGCGCGCAAAAAAGGUCAUUCAUUGCACCAACGGCCAUGUAGGCCAUCUCGUGCCCAACAUCCGCGGCGUCAUUUAUCCCCUGCGAGGGACCAUGACGGUGCAAGACCUCGGCCCCAACGUGCCCAACCGAGGACGGGAAAAGUCCUUUGCCUUUCACUACGUGCCGCAGUACGACAAGGAGAGCGAGACGCUGGCCGACGGGCUCUGGUAUCUCACCCAAAACGCCAAGACGGGGUACUUUUUCUUUGGCGGCGACAAGGGGACCAUGGAGCAGACGCUAAACGCCGACGACUCGGUCCUCACCGACGUCUCUCGGGAUCACUUGCAGGACGUCUUGCCCAGGUUCUUUGGGUACCAAGACACCAAGCUGGACUCGAUGAAGAGCGCGUGGAGCGGCAUCAUGGGCUUCACCCAUGACGAGAUUCCGCUGGUCGGCAAGCUGCCCAUGUCGGCCACCGGGCGGGCAGGGGACGGAGAGUUUAUCGCUGCUGGUUUCAACGGUUAUGGAAUGCCAUAUGCCUGGCUGGCCGGCGAACAAUUGGCCAAGCUUGUCGUUGGCAAAGGCUUUGCUGAGUGGUUCCCCGAAUGCUUCCAGCUAUCAGAGAGUCGCUUGUCUCCAAGUGCUGUUGCGGAGGUCGCAAGCUACUACGCCUCUCUCCAGUCAAAGUAG